ACAAAAUAUAUAACACUAAGGAAAAUUUGAAUCCAAACAUAAGAAAUUGCUUGCAAUCGAAGGUACCCUUCUCUGUUUCUUCACUCUCAAUCUAUCAAAACCAAUCUUAUCUUUCUCAUUUCUGUCUCUCUUUGCCCCGAAAAGAUAAGCCCUAACCCAUUUCUUCAUUUCUCUUUCUCUUCAUUAUGGGUCGUGAAACUUGUACCCCACCACAUGCACCAGCACCGCCGUCUGCGGCGGCUGUGGGAGCGAUACAGCCGGCGGGGGCGGUGAAAACAACAGCUUUGGCACCUGGGUUUCGAUUCCACCCAACAGAUGAAGAACUUGUUAGUUAUUACUUGAAACGAAAGGUUUCUAAUAAACCUGUUCGUUUUAAUGCUAUUUCAGAGGUCGAUAUUUACAAGAACGAGCCUUGGGAACUUGCAGAUAAGGCAAGGUUGAAAAGCCGAGACCAAGAAUGGUACUUUUUUAGUGCAUUGGAUAGGAAGUACGGAAAUGGAGCAAGAAUGAAUAGAGCCACAAUUAAAGGUUACUGGAAAGCUACUGGUAAAGAUAGGGAGGUUCGCCGCAGUUCCCAACUCAUAGCAAUGAAGAAAACACUUGUGUUUCACAGUGGGCGUGCACCUGGAGGGCAGCGUACCAAUUGGGUUAUGCAUGAGUAUCGUCUUGUUGAAGAAGAAUUGGACAGACUUGGAGCCUUACAUACCGAUUCAUACGUGCUGUGUAGAGUUUUUCACAAGAAUAAUAUAGGACCACCAAAUGGAAAUCGCUAUGCACCAUUUCUUGAGGAGGAGUGGGACGAUGGUGAGACAGCUCUUGUUCCAGGAGAGGAUGCUGCGGAUGAAGUGGUGGUUGGUCAUGACAAUACUGAAAUGAAUCGUGUUGAGCAGGAUAAUCAUUCCAUUCGUCGAGAUCCCCUUAAUAUCAAUGAACUUCCCAAGGACUCUCAAACUGUUGAUGAAUUUAGAAGACAUGAUUUGCCCGUGUGCAAGACUGAAAGGAUGGAUGAUUGUCCUCCUUGUGUGCUUAAUACAGAAGCAUCCUUUCCCCUGCUCCAGUAUAAAAGAAGAAAGCAUAAUGAUGAAAUGGUGUCUAAUCGGUCAAAUGCUUCAGAGAAUUCAACUAGGACAACUCAAGAUCCUUGCUCAUCCACGACAUCAACAGGAGCAACAACUACAACUACCGACACUACAAUGACAACAGCUACAGCAACGACGACAGCGGUAUCUGCAUUGUUGGAAUUUUCGCUAAUGGAAUCGAUUGAACCUAAAGAGUCUCCUCGUGUUCCUACUCUGAAAUUUGAUUCUUUUGGUCUUGAUUCAACAGUGCCUCCUAGCUGUAUGAAGUUUAUCAACGAUUUGCAGAGUGAGAUCCACAAGAUUUCUGUUGAGAGAGAGACUUUGAAGCUUGAAAUGAUGAGUGCUCAAGCCAUGAUUAACAUUCUUCAAUCUCGAAUUGAUUUUCUCAACAAGGAAAAUGAGGAUUUGAAAAGGAGCAUCCGGUGUAACCAGUAAGCACCAAUGCAUGUUCAAAAAAAAGCACCAAUGCAUGUGUAAUCUUGUUGCUGCUAUUCUGACCUAUGAAUCAUAGGUCCCUGAUGCAGUUUUUCCCCCUCAAGUCCUUACGAUUUGAGGGGAAUGUAAAAUUAGGAUAUUAUUGUUUUAUGUGUUUGUUUUAAUAAACUAUGUUGUAGGAUUAUCAUAAUGUUGGAUUUUGCUUUCUGUAAUGACGAAUUUAGACUGCAGCAUUGUGAGCUGAGACCUUAUUUAGUACUAUCAGUUGUAAUGUAUCUUCUCAUUAAGAAUUCAGCAUUGAUCGUUA